AUACCACAUCAUCAAAAUGGCUGAUACCGCUGUCGCUGCUCCCGUCGCUGCCCCAACACCCGCCAAGGUGAAGAAAGCUGCCAAGCCCAAGAAGCCCGCAAGUCAUCCCAAGUACAGCGAGAUGAUUGCCGCCGCACUUGGUGCCCUGAAAGAGAGGUCUGGCUCCUCAAGACAGGCUAUCCUGAAGUACAUCCAGGCCAACUACAAGGUCGGGGAUAACGUCAGUGCCGUCAACGCCCACCUGAAACUGGCCCUCAAGGCUGGCGUCAAGAGUGGAGCCGUUAAGCCGUCCAAGGGCACCGGUGCCUCUGGAUCCUUCAAGCUUGGAGAGGUGAAGAAGGCCGCAAAGAAGGCUGCCAAGCCUAAGGCUGCCAUGCCCAAGAAGGCAAAGGCCCCUUAG